AUGCGUGUCAGAUCAGAGCAGCCAAGCCACAUAUUUUCAGGAACAGAAAAAACUGGUCCUCAAAAUUCGGUCAAGUCUGGUGAUCUUGCCGUAUUAACAAGGUUUGACUGUGAAAAAGGUUUACUCGGCAGAAUAUUUCAAUUUUCGUAUUUGACAGGUAGGAAGAAAGAUUGUCAGUAUUCGUCGAACUUUGUGGAUUUGUUGAAAGAAAGUUACAAAAAUAUUGGUGUAUAUGCAAACUGGUUUGAGGAAACACAAGCCUUAGACAAUCAGGCCACUAGCAAAGUUUCGUUUAAACCUGUUGACCUUAUAUUCACUCCAGGGGUACUUACCAAUGUCACAAGUAUCGACGAUUCAAUUUUAUUAUAUAAUGCAGAUUUUUUAUUUCUUGUUCCUGUUCAGAUUUUGAAAACAGUGUUACCUCGAUGGCAAGUCAAGAUGACUUUUGAUAUGACUUAA